CAUCGUUCCUCUGCUGCUUGCUCUUUUGAUAUAAAGAAUCGUUCCUCAUAAAUUUCAUAAUAGAUCUUCCUAAUAUGCCCAACAUCGAACUCCUACCCUCGCAGAAGGGUCAAUUCUCCGAGUCUCCCAUCCCAUAUACAGGCAAUCCAUUUCUACUCUGUUGGUUUGACAUCCUACUCUUCGUCAAGAACGCUUGGUCUGUCAUCGGUGUUCUACACCCUUGGAACCACUGGCCAUGUGGAGAGCUCGAUGAACUGUGUCUCUAUUCCCUCAGGAACAUGAUAUGUCUCGCUGUACAUGCAUUCUUGAUCGUCUUUCAAUCCGCUUUCCUGAUCUCGCUCCCAUUCCUCAUUUUGUUUCCCCUAUGGAUGGGUAUCCUGUAUAUCGCCGCAGUGAUGGCGGUUGUCCUGGCCACUUACUGGAUUUUAAAUGGUGCGAAUGGCGGCGAGAAUUCCCUGAUGUCCACUGUCAAUCUGGGUGAUGACGCCCUGAAACAUGGAGAUGAAUGUUGGAUCUACCUGAACGGAGUAUCGGUUGGAAAGCAUUGGCUCCGAGGAAACCUCAACCGCCUUGCCCUGACAUUUCGCCGCCCUGUGGUAGGAGUCCACAAUCGUACUUGGGGUAUCGUCUUCGAUCUCGUUCAAUGUAUCAUCGAACGUAAUUUUUGUUACGCAACCGUAGAUAUCCGGAAUGCGUACCAGUUGAUAAAAUCAUGCCUUCUUGACGAGAAAAAUAACAAAGUCAUCCUGAUUCUUCAUAGCCAAGGCGGUAUCGAAGGAGGGCUGAUAUUAGACUGGUUGCUGUGUGAACUCCCACACGACAUUAUCCACAAGCUAGAGAUCUAUACAUUCGGCUGUGCAGCAAACCAUUUUAACAACCCACACCGAACCUCUGCCUCUAUGGCUGCCGCAUCACAGAAAUCGUCAAGUACAAGUGGUAUUGACAAAGCCGUUCGCCAUAUCGAGCAUUAUGCUCAUGACUCUGAAUUCGUGGCUCGGUGGGGUGUGUUGAGCUUCACUCAUCUCCGAAACAGGUAUAUGGGCCGCGUUUUCAUAUGUUCAGGCAUGGGUCAUCUUCUGAACCAGCAUUACCUGAAUCGUAUGUUUCCUUUGGACACAGAUAGUCGAGUACUCGAAAAUAACAAAUUUAUGGACCAGGAGGUCAAUUUCAACGGCAACGAUAUGGCAAGGGAGACUUGGAUCCGGACACUUAUCAAUGGAGGCAAUGGAAACGGUAGCCCAAGGAUAGAGGACAUGCAGAGUCCUGUAGAUACUGGAGCUCCCCGGAGUCGGGUGAGGGAUUUCUCUCGGCUCUGGAUGUACAGAAAUGGUGGUACUCCUAGGGAUUAGGAAGACGGAGUGAGUUUUGUGUACCUGAUUUAGUUAUAGCAUUCGCGAGAAGCUCAGCAGAGUGAGCUGAAGCACUGAAAACGUGGGCGAGAACACGAGGCAAG